ACAUAUGUCACAUAUUAUCGCACAUGCAUGUGUAUACGCAUAUAUAUCAUGCAUAUAUAGUAGUAUGUAGUUUUACAUAUUAUAUUCAUCGUACGUGUAGAAGUCGCAUUCCAACGUCUAAGUUUUUAAAGAAAUAAAUAAAUUACUUUGGUCAGAGAUGUGCUAUUAUUUCAUAAUAAGCUUAACGAUUUCAUUUUAACUCUUUUAUUUUUAUUCUUGAUAUAUACAUUAACAAUUCUAAUAAUUUUUAUUUUUAUUCAUUUCUGCAUUCACUUUUUAAAUGAUUCAUAGAAUAAUAUGCUAGUUUUUCUGUUUCAGGCGAUUUACAUCUAUUUUUGUUUUUGACUUAUUUUCUUAUCAGAGAGAAAGUACGUAAGUAAAGUAUAGUAUAAUACUGCAGUGAUUCAGAGAAGAAAGUUAGCAGAAUGUUGGCCCUUGGAAGAUUUUUUAUCAAACAACGAUUUAUUAGAAAUUAUGCAUCUGGAAAGAAACUAUUAGAAAUUGCAGAAGAUCAAAAUACAGGAAUACAUAUAAUAUCUAUGGCACGACCUCCAGUUAAUAGCUUAAACCUGGAAUUAUUAGAAGAAUUGAAAACAUCUUUGAUAGAAGCCCAGAAAAGCAAUUGUAAAGGCAUUAUUUUGACUUCAUCACUGCCAGCAGUUUUCUCAGCAGGUUUAGACAUUAUGGAACUUUAUAAGCCAGAUAUUGAGAGAUUGACUGCAUAUUGGCGUACUUUGCAAGAUACAUGGAUGACUUUAUAUGGUUUAGAAAUACCAAUUGCUGCUGCAAUUAAUGGUGCUAGUCCUGCCGGUGGAUGUUUAUUAGCUAUUUCUUGUGAAUACAGAGUUUUUGUUGAUGGGAAACAUACCAUAGGAUUCAAUGAGACACAAUUAGGUAUUAUAGCUCCACAGUGGUUUAUAGAUUUAUUUGUUAAUACCAUUGGUUAUAGACAUGCCGAAUUAGCUUUGUUGAGGGGCACACUUUUUUAUCCUAAUGAAGCAUUAAAUAUUGGACUUGUAGAUGAAUUGGCAAAUGACAAAGCAGAAGCCAUUAAAAAAUGCCAAAAGUAUAUAUCUUCUUAUGACAGAAUACUUAAACAAGCUAGAAAUAUAACAAAGUUAAAACUUCGUGAAAAGUUAAUUUCCUGGCUACAAGAACAUCGAGAGAUUGAAUUAAAUAAUAUUAAACAAUUUAUUCAAUUAGCAAAUAUUCAAAAAAGUCUUCAUGCAUACAUUGAAACAUUGAAACAAAAACAAAAACAAAAACAAAAUUAAAUAUUUUUUAUGUUACUAUGCAACAUUUAUUAUAAUUCGGUAAAAUAAUAUUUAUAUAUUAUAUAUAAAUGAUAUUAAAACAUGAUAUUAUUAAGAAUCUUUUAUUAUAAAUAUAAGUAUUUAUAAUAAAUAUAAGUAUUUUCUACUUGAACAUACUGUUUGAAUGAAAUGGUCUUCUUAUACUUCUCUUUAUUACAAUUAAUCAUUUUCUUUUUUUAGUCAAAUUAGAAACAUUAUCAAUUUCAAAAUAUGGUAGAUGUAAUAAUAUUAAUGAAUGAAAUUGUUUACGUACAUCUUGAAGAAAAUGGGUAAUUUCCAAAAUUUUUUGACGGUGCCUGUUAUUUUCCUUGCUAGAAAUAAAAAUUAACCCAUCAUUCUCUUCGAUCUGUAUUUAAUGAAUUGUUUAUUUAUACAAAUUUUUAAUACUUAUACAACUCUUCACAGUACUCAUUAUGCCAUAUUUUUAAUCUGCUUAACAUACGAUCUUCCCUAGCAUCAAUGACCUACAAUAAAUAAAGAAUAUUUUUUUCUAUUAUCAUUUACAUGAAUAUAUUCAAUGAUUUACUUACACGCAAAUGUAAAUCGUGUGAUGCUGCAAGAUUAUUACUUAAUGUAUCUUUGUCUCCACAUAAAUCUAACAAAUGAUUUGGAAUUUUAGAUUCAUCUCCAAAACCACUGAUAUAAUACAAAAUAAUACUAUUUAUAUUAUCAUUAUAGUCUGCUUCAGCAUUUCGCAUUUGUGAAAAAUAUUCUCGAGCAGUCUCCAAAAAUUGCUCAAUCAUAUUUGUCAUAUUUACUUUGAAGACUUCAUUUAUUUCCUUUUUUAUAAUAAAAAAAGUAUCAUAGUCAUAGAAUUAUAGAAAAACAAGUUACAGAAUUUAAAAAAUUGCCCAUUUUUUUAAUUUUAUUGUUAUGUAAUACAUACUACUAAUUGAUCAUGUAUUACAACUUCUUUAGACAUUAAUUUUGACCAUGUUUUGGAUAUCACAUCAUUGAAAUGAAUAUACCAAUUGUAUACUACUUCUACAUUAUCAUCCAUUUCAUCCAUUUCAUCAUCAAGUAUAUUAAAUAAUAAAUUUAUUUGUGAGAAUAUUUUAAUUUUUUCGUCCGAUAAUUCAUCCACAAUACUAAGGAUAAAGAUAAAUAUGAACUCAAUAUAAAUUAAGUUAAAAUAGUAUUUAUAAUACAAUAAAAUUAUACUUUACUCUUUUGAA